AUGAUGUCCAAAUCGAGCAUCGCCCUCCCCUUCCUCCUCUCCACCACCCUCCUCGCAUCUGCCCAACAAACCACCACUCAGGGCAACUGCACCAUCUUCAACUGGGACAACAACCCAGCCUACAUCGCCACCUACCCACCGCAACGAGUCUCCGCCGGCGGAACAUGCCCCGAGAACGAAAGCAACUUCACCUGCCCGCUCACGGCCUCCGGUGAACCCCAGUAUUCCGCGACAAACAACCUCACGGACCUCUCAACGCGCUUCUUCGUCCCCAUCAUCGUCAACACACUCUCAGAAGCAAACAACAGUGCCUCGGAGCUGCUCGCGCCUGGUUUCAACGAAUCAGUCAUCGGAGCGAUUGAUCAGACAAGACUCAUCGAACCGGGCCAGUCGGCGUAUCUCAAUUUCACAGCUUAUCGGUACUGCUUCGAAGGCACUGUCGGCAAUUGCACGGAGGGGUUGGAGAAUGGGCGUGCUGUGCAGGUCUGUGCGCCAGUUUGGCAUAGUCUUUCGGAAGGUGGUUCUACGGUUUUCGAUGGCGAGUACACUGUUGUUAAUGUCUCCGCCAAUGAUGUGGAAGACUAUCGCGAUCCGUAUGAGAACCAGGUUAGCGGUGAGGGUGAGGAUGGGGGCAAUGCUGCUGCCGGAUUAAGGGGUGGUGCCAAUGUUGCUUCCGCUGGUCUGUUCACUCUGAUGAUGACGCUGGUUUGA